UUAGGAGGGAGGGGAGCCCACUAGUAAUAAGCUUAUAAACAUAUUGCUGCCUACCGGAAGGUUCAUCUUCUUCCUAACCCAUCACCGUCCAACCUUCCUCUGCUUUCCGUUAAAAACUCUGGAAGCUCUCCCCCCUCUCUCUCCAUUGUCUCAAGAAUUUCGACUUCUCCUCCAUUUUCAAAAAAACCAUGGCCUCCCCUCUGCUGUUUUUUCUGCUGCCAUUGCUGCAACUCGUCGCAGCCGCGGCCUCCUCCGUCUGUGUCUCGCAACCCAUACUCCUCCAGCUAACGCACUCCCUUUCCAAGGCCCAAUUUAACAGUACCCCCCACCUCCUCAGGGCCAUCUCCGCCCGCUCAGCUGCCCGUUUCCGUCACCAUCACCGCCACCUCUCCGCUGCCACCACUCACCACCACCACCACCGCCAAGUCUCUCUCCCACUUGCCCCUGGGAGCGACUACACGCUCUCCUUCACCCUCGAGUCCGACCAGCCGCAGCCUGUCUCCCUCUACAUGGACACGGGAAGUGACCUCGUGUGGUUCCCCUGCUCUCCCUUCAAAUGCAUCCUCUGCGAAGGCAAGCCGACCCCCAACCCUGCCCUUCUCAAUACCUCCUCUGCUUCCCCUGUCUCUUGCCAGUCUGCUUCCUGCUCUGCUGCUCAUUCCGCUCGGUCCUCCUCUGACCUCUGCGCGAUCGCCCGCUGCCCCCUCGAGUCCAUCGAGACCUCAGAGUGCGCGUCCUUCUCCUGUCCGCCUUUUUACUACGCCUAUGCAGACGGCAGCUUCAUUGCCCGCCUCUACCGCAACUCCAUUUCCAUUCCCAUGUCAUCCCCCAGCUUGGUUCUCCACAACUUCACGUUCGGUUGUGCUCAUUCGGCUCUUGGCGAGCCUGUAGGAGUGGCCGGUUUUGGCCGCGGAUUACUCUCCCUACCGGCCCAGCUGUCGAGGCACUCCCCCCAGUUGGGCAGUCGUUUCUCCUACUGUCUGGUCUCUCACUCGUUCGAGUCUGACCGAGUUCGCCAGCCAAGUCCGCUCAUCCUCGGUCGUAACACCGAGUCCAAGCAGAAGAAGAGCUCGGUCAAUCAGAAGGAAGGUGAAUUUGUCUACACCCAGAUGCUUAACAACCCGAAGCAUCCUUAUUUCUACUGUGUUGGGCUCGAGGGGAUCUCUGUAGGGAGAAAGUAUAUUCCGGCGCCUUCGAGUUUGAAGAAGGUUGACCGGAAAGGUAAUGGUGGGAUGGUGGUUGAUUCCGGGACAACAUUUACCAUGCUGCCUUCGAGUCUGUAUAACUCCAUGGUGGCCGAGUAUGAGCAGAGACUUGGUCGAGUCCACGAGCGGGCGAGAGGGAUCGAGGAGAAAACUGGGUUGAGCCCGUGCUAUUACUUCGACGAUCGCAGCAAGGUCGGAGGUUCGAACACAAAUGUGCCUACUGUUUCACUGCACUUUGCGGGGACCAACGAAUCCACCAUGGUGCUGCCCAGGGAGAACUACUUCUACGAUUUCGUGGACGGCGGAGAUGGGUUGUCAGGGAGGAAGAGGAAGGUGGGCUGCCUGAUGCUGAUGAACGGCGGGGACGAGGCGGAGUUGGGCGGUGGGCCCACGGCGACCCUGGGGAAUUAUCAGCAGCAGGGUUUUGAGGUGGUUUAUGAUUUGGAGGAGGGGAAGGUGGGGUUUGCCCGGCGGCACUGCGCGUCCCUCUGGGACAGCCUGAACUGAGCCAGCGCUGACGAGUCAACCCUCGGUUGACUUUGUGUCGUUGACUUUUACCGCACGUGGGGCGUGAGACUGGUUUUCAAACGGGAUAAAUAAAGGCUUUCUGGUUUGUUCAAUUUGUACAGAGAAAAGGCGAAGUGUGUAUAAGAUUACGUUUGGUUUCAGAGGUAAAAUAAUUUUGAUUGUAAAAAAUGAUAAAUGAGAUGGUAUUAUAAAUUUGAUUUGAAAAA